AUGCGAGGUGCAUUUUACGUGGCCACUGCUUUCUUAAUCGCAAGUAGCGCCCGCACAGCUGCUAAAUCUGUCCAGAUCAAGUCUGUAAUAACGCAAUACCAUGACAAGUUGCCAGCCGGUGGUUCUGACACAAACACGUUGCCCAGAAGAUUUCUUAAUGGAAGUGGAGAUCAUUUGGAAACCCAAGUGGCUGAAGAAGAACGCGUCAGUCUAGCUGAAGUACUCAAGAAAGCAGAAAAAAGUGUCCCUGAGCUACUUUUGCAUUUAGAGAAAGCCGAGUUGAAACCUGUGGAUGACUUAAGCAAGAUGGUUACGGUUGGAGAACACGUCGGCACUUCCGCCACCUCAAGCAGAGAAAGGAUCCAAAUUCUCCAGAAGAAUUAUGAAGACGCUGUUGCACAACUCGAUCAAGUCACCAAAAAUCAUGACAAAGCAAGUAGGGACCUCAACGCUCUGGUACGCAAAGAAGCUGAAGCUUUAUAUUGGAUAAACAAAAUCAAUGCACUCAGCCUGCGUCAUUCCGGACGCGCUGAUGACGCUGCCAAUAAUGCUGUCAGAUAUUUGACGAAUUUUUAUAAUUACAAAUCCAGUAUGAAUAAAGCCGCUGAAGACGUCAAUGCCGUUAGCAUCAAACCAUUCCUUCUCCGCGCCAGACUCUACCUAAUCCACCUACUCGUCCACGUGGAUAAUUCUAAAGAAAUUCGAGACCGUCAAGCUUCUCUACAAAAUGCCGUCGUAAAAGCUACCCAAGAAUACAGAGCAGCCGAAUACGAUGAAGGAAAAUUCCGCAAUUUUGCCAACUAUUAUUAA